AAGCAGCACCUCCGCCUUCUCACUCCAUUGAAGCAUCACCUCCGCCUCCAUUGAAUCGUGCUCUAUAUUCUCCAUUGAAGCCGAAUCUGAGCUUUCUCACCUCCAUUGAAGCUGCUCCUGCAGGAACUCUAAGGGUCUUAUUGUUCUAAUGAAGACUACUAAUAAAGGUAAGUCUGAUCAAUUUAUCACUAUUUUUUUUUUUUGCCUGGUAUCUUUACUAGUUUAGAUUCUUCGAAUUAAGCUAAGUAGUACUCUGUAUUAUUGUAUUACUCAUAUUUAUAAAAGGGCUACAUUUAGUGUUAGUUGGAUGCUAAGUUAGUGGGAUGCUUCUCAUUGGUUUGUUUUCCCUUUAUGGCGGUCUUGUUACUAAUUGAGCUUUUGACAAUCUAAAUGUUGGCUAUAAUGGUUGAUGCUAAAGAAAACUUUAGCUGGGUUGGUAAAUCUUGUUCCUUGAAAAGCAUCCAGUGUCAAACAUAUAUACGAAGUUGAAUGUUGCUUGUUGAGCUCUUGGGAGCACUAAUUGUCUAGGAGUGUUUAUUUGUGUGCAUUUACAAUUUCGUUUCUAUAACUCGCUUUGACAGGUAAAACAGCAGCAACAGCCAGCACCAGGCAGGCACAGCACCAGCAGACAACAGCUAAUAGCCAACAGAUAGCCAACAGGAGUGGUUACUGCAGAUGCAGAUGGUACUGCUGCCACAACUUCAGACCUGGGACUCGAUAAUACAGCAGCAGAGUCUGUUAGAGAAAUGGCACAUGAUGAAUAUCCUGAGUGGUUCCUCAUUGAGAUGGGAACUGUUGCAAUCGAUGCUGCUCAAUUGGCAAGCGAGCAUCAAUCAGCAAAUAGGAGAGGUCAGAGGAUGAAUCUACGGAAUUAUGUUGAGUACAUUUGAUGAUUCGGUUCCAUGGAAAGUCGAAAAACCUUUAAACUGUUGCCAUGCUUCGGUGAUUCUCUAUUCAAACACCCCUUCGGAUUUUGAUUUUAAGCUUGAAAGCCUUGCUCAAGGUUUUCGCUGCUUGUCAGAUUUUGUGGAACACCUUGCUGCUUCAGUUGAUAUUGUGUUUCCUGUCAUCCAUGGUCCUUUUGGUGAAGAUGGUACUCUUCAGGAGUUGUUGGAGCAAGCAAAGGUUCCUUUUGUUGGUACAAAAUCAAAUGAAUCUUACAAGGCAUUUGACAAGGUGAGUUUAUUGCUCUGGCUGACCCUCUAAUACUUUGAGGACUAGUUCAUUGUAAGCAUUUAAUAUUACCGAUGAUGUGCUAUGAAUCCAUGACUAACUCAUAUAAUAGUGCGCAUUAUGUCAUAUCAUUCUAUCAUAGCACUGUUUGGUUUAGCUGGUUCAUAGGGAGGCUUCUGUCAGGAGUUUCUUGCUUCUUUCAUAAGUUGUCUAUGCAUGUCACAUGCGCAUUAUGCCCUAUAAAGAUGGAACAAAUUAAUAUUAAACUGGGAAAACAGCAUCUCAGAUUAGUUAUAUUUCGGAUCUUCCCACUAGAGGGACGGCAAUUGAGUCUACUAAGUCAGGUGAACUUCUAAGAUUUAAUCUGUCCUACAUCUCAAUUAUUUUCCAAAAAAAAAAAAAAAAA